AUUGGAAGGAAAGAGACCCUGAAUGUAAGAUAUUUCAGUCAACAAAACGGUACUCAAGAAAUUCGAACUUUACUUAAAAUAUGUCAUAUCUGGUUGUAUGGUGAUUGGCAUUUAUUAGGGAAGUGGUUCCUGUCAGAGGCUGAAAAGGCACAAUAACUUGAAGAAUAUGGACACAGAUUCAGAGUGUACAAGCAGUGGCACAUGUAUGUGUGAAGCUCAGUGUGAGAGUCAAAACAACGUUGGAUCGUGCGAUUGUGGAUCUCAGUAUUUUCCAGUCUGGCCAACAGUUUUUGGAAUUAUAGGAGCAAUACUUAUAUUCAUCUUUUGGCAUCAUCAGAUUGCUAAGCUCUGCAGAAAAUAUAAGUACAAUGGGACGCUACAUCCGCACAUGAGGGAUGAACCCCCACCUCCUCCCCCAAGAGAAAAUUCUGCUGAACACCCACGGGAAACUGCUUGGGAUGCUCCUCCUCCUUAUGAUGCCCUGACAAAAACAGAUCCCCCACCUCUGCCAUCUGGCAUCUCAAUCAUCCAAACAGACAAUCCUCCCUCCUAUAAUGAUGUGAUUAAAAUGGACAGAGAAGCACAGAAAGUCAAAGCAUCCAACAGCAAAGAAGCAGAGGCUCCAGAAGAAAGAGGAAUGAGAAGAAACUCCACAAAGAUUGACCUGGAUGUGGAACAAGGAGGACAGUGGGCAUUAAAAAUGUAAAUGGAGGAUCUUGGAUGAGAUUAAUGACUGUCCAACAACAUUCAAUCAAGAUGGAUUAUGUUUUUAUUCCUGGGUUAUUAGAUAUAAUAGUGGUGAAAAUAUUUGCUGGUCUUUAUUUAUCACUUAGCCUAGCUCAGUGAUAAAUACAUGUUAGAGAAAAACUUCUUGUUCAAGUACCUGUUAUGUAAUCUUUCAUUUUACAAGUAAAAGUCACUUACAAGUA